CGCCAAGAGAGGUCGUUGAAAUACGGACGGUAUUUUGAAAGAAGUUAAAAUUUACUUUUUUUUGUGUAAUUAAAGUUCGUAUAAUUCGCUUAACAAACUUUCAGGUUGAUUGAACUUGAGUAGCUCGAGUAAAAAUACCUAACCUACAUGCAUUAUGUAUUUUGUAUACGACGCGUUCGUUACCUUUGUUUUUAUUUGAUUGUUUAUUGUGCGUGACGUGUACAGAGUAACGUGCGUUGGUUCUGUUUGUUUUUUUUUUGUUUUCUUUCUUUGAAGUCUCCCCUUUAUCGCAUUGUGGCCGGUUGUGUCUUUUAUUGGUUUUGUUAUUUUUAUAUCAUUCGCACUUUUUUUACACUUCCCCAACCGAAAUCUUUUGUGCAUUCAAUUUGACAGUUCAUUCAUACUCAUGCAAACUGUCAAACAUCAAUAAAUAGUGAAUUGUGUCAGAUUUUUGUUUAAAAAGUUGUUGCUUUGUAAAACGAGUUAUCAAAUCAAAAACCGGCAAUAUGUGCACAUAUGGUGGUGGUUAAAGUGAAAUCCUGUUUUAAGAACAAGAGAAAAUGUUGAUGGUUUGUGUGCCAAUUUAGAACUGCACUUAAACAACAGCUGCUAUACUUGCUGCUGUCACUUUAGAUUGGAUGUACAUACCCACCGUGAACCGUGAACAAAGAGUGACAGUGACAGAAAAGAAAGUUCAAAGUUAACUAUAAUAGACAACUAUUCACUUGUAUGUCUACAACACGGAUAACCUUCUAUUAAAGAAGUUGCUAUUACAUUUUUCGUUUGAAACUGAUACCAACUGUGUAAACCUUCAAGCCAGACAUAAUGUCGACCGAUAGAUAUCACAAAGCAGCAAAAGAUGGCCUCUUAGAUUUACUCAAAGAAGCAACGCGAAAAGAUGCCAAUACAAAAGAUGACGAUGGAAUGACACCGGUGCUAUGGGCAGCUUUUGAAGGCCGUUUAGAUGCCCUUCGUUUAUUAGCUGGAAGAGGGGGUGAUCCCGAUAAAUGUGAUCAAUUUGGAAAUACUGCCCUCCAUCUGGCUUCGGCUAAAGGUCACAUGCAUUGUGUUGAUUUUCUCCUAAAAUUCGGAGUCAACAUUUACGCCUUGGAUAUUGACAAACACAGUGCUAAAGAUCUGGCUGCCAUCAAUAAUCGAGAUGAAAUAUUGAGAUUUCUAGAUGCGGCUACAGCUAAUUUGGAAGCAUCGGAUAGAAAAAAGGCUAAGACCAUGAAAGAAAUCGCUGAGAAGAAUUGUGAAAAACGCAUCAAGGAAUAUCUGAAACGCCAGCAAAAAACCGAACAAGAAUACGAAAAUAUGAAACCGAAACCAUCGACAAUGUUAGCAGCUAUUAAACACAAAAUUUGGUCAAGUCAGGGUAACCUGAAUAAAACGCCCAAAGAACCAAUUAACGGUGCUAAAUUUAGUGAUCUUGUGGGUGGAUCUAUAUCGAGUAGAGUCGGAGCGGUGCAGAAGAAAGUUCUUGUCUCGAAGAUGAAAAAUCAGAGCCGAGAUCGAGACCGAGAAAAUGAUGCCACAUUCAAAAUCGGUGAAAUCGAAUCGGAUGGAAAGAGGACCAUAACCUCCCUGACUGGACUUCAGCGUGAUUCGGAAGUUCUUUAUGUUGGAACAUUCAGUUCGAAUGAAGAUUCCGGCAAAAGAGGCAAACUUACCGAUGUCUUUGAUAUGGAGGCAAAUAGUGACACCGAACGGGAAACUCCACGCAUCGGCUACGGAACUUUAUCGAGAUCAUUUUCACAGCCAGAUUUUCUGGCUGCGCAGCACGAUGAUGAAGCAUGCAAUGAUAUUCUCUUGCAACGGCCAACUGGCCUAUUCGAUAGACCGAUGCUGGGCAGUAUUGCCUUCAGGCGAUCGGUGACAGCUGCUCUGAGUCAACUGCAUCCCGAAGCGUCGUCUAUUGAUUCGUCGAAUUCUGCUAACACAUCUCGGAAGAUUGGAACACUUGGGAAAUCAAGGUUGGUAAAGUCACGGUCGUUCUUAAACAUAUCGGACUCUGAUUCCGAAGGUGCUUGCUUCAGUGACGAUGACGACCAAGAGGACUCGGGUAGUCCCAUUCAGAGAUUUUUAGCCGUCUGGGGUUUGGAUGAAUAUUUGGCAGUAUUUCAUAAACAACAAAUUGAUUUGGAUACUUUAAUGCUUUUGACUGAGGCAGAUCUUAAGUCUCUUGGACUUCCUCUGGGACCAUUCAGAAAGUUAACUUUUGCCAUUCAAGAACGACGCAAUGCUCUCGCCAAUCCAGGACCAAUUCAAGAUAGUCGCUUAUAAGACAAACAAUAUCCUUAAAAUUAUGUCUAAGCUUCCAUUUUACAGUUUUUGAAAGAAUCAUAAAUAAUAAAAAAGAUAUAAUUUCCUU